CUCGGCCCGCGCCCCUCUGUCGCUGGCUGCUCGCCUGUCCUCUGCUCCGCGCCCAGUCGAGAUGCCGCGCCAGUUCCCCAAGCUGAACAUCUCCGAGGUGGACGAGCAGGUCCGGCUCCUGGCUGAGAAGGUGUUCGCUAAAGUGCUCCGAGAAGAGGACAGCAAAGAUGCCCUGUCCCUCUUCACCGUCCCCGAGGACUGCCCCAUCGGGCAGAAGGAGGCCAAGGAGAGGGAGCUGCAGAAGGAGCUGGCAGAGCAGAAGUCUGUGGAGACUGCGAAAAGAAAGAAAAGUUUUAAGAUGAUUCGGUCCCAGUCCCUGUCUCUGCAAAUGCCGACGCAGCAAGAUUGGAAGGGCCUCCCGACAGCCUGCCCAGCCACGUCUGCCGCAGCUCCUGUGCUCCCCGGAGCCCCUCCGCAGCCCGCAUCCAUGCCCUAUGCCAUGCCCGAGUUCCAGCGGGUCACCAUCAGCGGAGACUACUGUGCUGGGAUCACCGUGGAGGACUAUGAGCAGGCUGCCAAGAGCCUGGCCAAGGCCCUGCUGAUCCGGGAGAAGUAUGCCCGGCUCGCCUACCACCGCUUCCCACGCACCACAGCCCAGUACCUGGGUCACUGGCAGGCAGACGCUGCACCUCUGGAAGAGGGCCUCCCAGACUUCUACCCUCCCCCACUGCCCCAGGAAGACCCUUACUGCCUGGAUGAUGCUCCCCGAAACCUGGGCUUCCUGGUCCGCAUGCAGGGGGGCAUCCUCUACGUGUACGACAACACAGAGAUGCUGGAGCGCCAGGAGCCCCACAGCCUGCCCUACCCGGACCUGGAGACCUACACGGUGGACAUGAGCCACAUCCUGGCUCUCAUUACCCAUGGUCCCACGAAGACGUAUUGUCACCGGCGACUGAACUUUCUGGAAUCCAAGUUCAGCCUUCACGAGAUGCUCAAUGAAAUGGCCGAGUUCAAGGAGUUGAAGAGCAACCCUCACCGAGACUUCUAUAACGUGAGGAAGGUGGACACGCACAUCCACGCGGCUGCCUGCAUGAACCAGAAGCACCUGCUGCGCUUCAUCAAGCAUACGUACCAGACAGAGCCCGAUAGGACAGUUGCCGAGAAGAGGGGCCGGAAGAUCACCCUGCGGCAGGUGUUCGACAGCCUGCACAUGGACGCGUACGACCUCACUGUGGACUCGCUGGAUGUCCAUGCGGGCCGGCAGACGUUCCACCGCUUUGACAAGUUCAACUCCAAAUACAACCCUGUGGGGGCCAGUGAGCUCCGAGACCUGUAUUUGAAAACUGAAAACUACCUGGGAGGAGAGUACUUUGCUCGGAUGGUCAAGGAGGUGGCCCAGGAGCUGGAGGAGAGCAAGUACCAGUACUCAGAGCCACGGCUCUCCAUCUACGGCUGCAGUCCUGAGGAGUGGCACAACCUGGCCCGCUGGUUCAUCCAGCACAAGGUCUACUCACCCAACAUGCGCUGGAUCAUCCAGGUGCCCCGGAUCUAUGACAUAUUUAGGUCAAAGAAGCUGCUGCCAAGCUUUGGGAAGAUGCUGGAGAACAUCUUCCUGCCCCUUUUUGAGGCCACCAUUAAUCCUCAAGAUCACCGAGAGCUUCACCUCUUCCUCAGAUAUGUGACGGGGUUUGACAGCGUGGAUGAUGAGUCCAAGCACAGCGAUCACAUGUUCUCAGACAAGAGCCCCAGCCCAGACGUCUGGACCAGCGAGCAGAACCCGCCCUACAGCUACUACCUGUACUACAUGUAUGCCAACAUCAUGGUGCUCAACAACCUCCGCAGGGAACGGGGCCUGAGCACGUUCCUGUUCCGGCCUCACUGCGGGGAGUCUGGCUCCAUCACUCACUUGGUAUCUGCUUUCCUGACUGCCGACAACAUUUCCCACGGGCUGCUCCUCAAGAAGAGUCCGGUGUUGCAGUAUCUCUACUACCUUGCUCAGAUCCCCAUUGCCAUGUCUCCUCUUAGCAACAACAGUCUGUUCCUUGAAUAUUCCAAAAACCCUCUGAGGGAAUUCCUGCAUAAGGGACUGCAUGUUUCUCUCUCCACCGAUGACCCCAUGCAGUUCCACUACACGAAGGAAGCACUUAUGGAAGAAUAUGCAAUUGCGGCUCAAGUGUGGAAGCUGAGCACGUGUGACCUGUGUGAGAUCGCCAGGAACAGCGUGCUGCAGAGCGGCCUCUCGCAUCAGGAAAAGCAAAAAUUUCUGGGACAAAAUUAUUAUAAAGAGGGACCUGAAGGAAAUGAUAUUCGAAAGACAAAUGUUGCUCAGAUCCGGAUGGCGUUCCGAUAUGAGACCUUAUGCAAUGAGCUCAGCUUCCUGUCUGACGCCAUGAAAUCAGAAGAGAUCACAGCCCUGACCAAGUAGUCGAGUACUGGACAUGCAUUUUAACAUUCUGGUUUAAUUUCAAAUCUGCUGUGAUGAACAGUGUUCAAGAUACCAAACUAUCCUCCACAGAGAGGAUGCCUGUGAAGAACUUUCAAACUAGUGAUUUUUGGUUGCACUGUUCACUUUAAGGUCUAACAUGCCCACUUCUGUUAAUAUUUUGAGUAAUAGAUGGUGAAUCCUCCUUGGGGAUCUGGGAGCUGGACACUUGUCUGUACUCAUUCCUAAUUUUCCAAAUGUUUCUCUUGAAAGUGCUAAUGCUUGCAUUGUUGGGGCCAGGAUCUUACGUGGUCCAGUGCCCACUGACAUAUGAGGGCUGUGUGGUUUUCUGCCAUGGUCCUCUUUAUAGGCCCUGCAGACUA